AGAUAACUGGGAAAGAGAGGCAGCACUGAACAUCUUCUAAAGAGCAAGUGAUUCAGUCUUUGUUAUGGCUUGAAAGAAAGAGGUCUAAGAGCAUCCCCGAAAGCUGUUUCUUUAAUUUCCAUCAAGCAUAUUGAAUUUCGUUCCAAGAAAUGUGUUGCCACAGAAGACUUCCAAGAGCAAAGCAUCACAGGAAAGAUAGGAGAUAAUUGGUUUUCAUCUUGCUGUGUUCUGAGAUCCUGAAAAUCUUCCACUGCCAGAGACUUUCAUCUGGGAAUUUAAAUCACCUGGCACCUUGCAAGCAGCUCUUGGCAUCUCUCUGGUUUGUUUGGUGCUUCAUAGCAUUUUAACUGCCUACCUUCAAGGUAGCUGUGCUGUGAAGCAGCCAGGCAGCCACACCACGUUUGAGGAGUGCCAGGGAGAGAUGCGUGAAAGACAGAGGUUGUCCUGAGACUCAAGACCAGAUUCUUGUUUCAUCUGCUAAAUUGAAUUUCCUGACGGUGUCCCAGAGCCACAGAGAUGGACGAGUUGCCCGUCUUCGAGUCUGCCUGUGCAGCUAGUGAGAUUGCCCUUAGCUGUGGUGUGCCGUGGUGCCUUCCCUGCUGACAGUACACAGGCAGCGUUGUUUUAAAGGAUUGUGUCAUUAGUCUGGAGGAAUUCACUUGGUACCCAUGAAAUUUGUUGUUCUGUAGCGCACAGACAGCACAGAGAUCAGAAACAGCUGCUGUGUUCUCCUUCGGGUCCUGCUGCUCCCGCUCAGCUCCAGCUCGCAGGUGUGCUUCUAAGAAGACUAUUGACCAUGAGGAAGCCCACAUGUUAGUCAGUUUUUACUAAUCCCACCGAAGAAAAUGAAGCUGCGUUUCAGCUUUGCCGAUCCUUUUCCCACCACUGUUGGCUGAAUAAAAAAUGGUCGUGUGAUUAUGCUGACACCCCAGCAUGCAUUUGGUAGACCUGUGGUUAACUCGUUCCCUCUCCAUGUGUCUGCUCUUACAAAGUUUUGUCCUCAUGAUACUGUGCUUUCAUUCUGCCAGUAUGUGCCCGAAAGGCUGCCUCUGUUCUCACUCCGGAGGUCUGAACGUCAGCUGUAGCAAUGCAAACCUCAAGGAAAUACCCAGAGAUCUUCCUCCAGAAACAGUCUUACUUUAUUUGGACUCCAAUCAGAUAACAUCCAUCCCCAACGAAAUUUUUAAGGACUUGCACCAACUGAGAGUCCUCAAUUUAUCAAAAAACGGGAUUGAGUUUAUAGAUGAACAUGCCUUUAAAGGGGUGGCAGAAACCUUACAGACUCUGGAUUUGUCCGACAACCGGAUUCAGAGCGUGCACAAAAACGCUUUCAACAACUUAAAGGCCAGAGCCAGAAUUGCAAACAAUCCCUGGCACUGUGACUGCACGCUGCAGCAGGUGUUGAGGAGCAUGGCCUCUAAUCACGAGACGGCCAACAACGUCAUCUGCAAGACUUCUGUGCUGGAUGAACACGCGGGGAGACCGUUCCUCAAUGCUGCCAACGAUGCUGACCUCUGCAACCUCCCUAAAAAGACUACCGAUUACGCCAUGCUGGUCACCAUGUUUGGCUGGUUCACCAUGGUGAUCUCAUAUGUGGUUUAUUACGUCCGGCAAAAUCAAGAGGAUGCACGGAGGCACCUUGAGUACUUGAAAUCCCUGCCAAGCAGGCAAAAGAAACCAGACGAAGCCGAUGACAUUAGCACUGUGGUAUAGUAUUCUGAAUACAAUGACUGCCUUUGUGAUGGAAACUAGGUUUGGAUGACACUAAAACCAGAGGUUUACUUCUAACGUUCAUUGUAAACAUUAAGACUUUUGGGUUUUUUUUCCUGUUUAACUGAAUUACGCCACUGUUGAGCUUUCUAACAGAAAGUUUUAUCCGGGUGGUAUACUUUAAUUAUUUCUCUGGUGGUAUCCUAAAGCAAGUGAAUUAAUAUGUAAACAUUAGUUUAGACCCAUUCCACUAUUUAAUAACGAAAUUUAUUUUUUUAAUUUAAAAACCAAAUAAAAGCUUAAAUUUGAA